GAAAAUAAAUGAAAUAUCAUCAUCAUCAUCAGCAUCAUCAUCAUCAUCAUCAUCAUCAUCAUCAUCAUCAUCAUCAUCAUCAUCAUCAUCAUCAUCAUCAUCAUCAUCAUCAUCAUCAUCAUCAUCAUCAUCAUCAUCAUCAUCAUCAUCAUCAUCAUCAUCAUCAUCAUCAUCAUCAUCAUCAUCAUCAUCAUCAUCAUCAUCAUCAUCAUCAUCAUCAUCAUCAUCAUCAUCAUCAUCAUCAUCAUCAUCAUCAUCAUCAUCAUCAUCAUCAUCAUCAUCAUCAUCAUCAUCAUCAUCAUCAUCAUCAUCAUCAUCAUCAUCAUCAUCAUCAUCAUCAUCAUCAUCAUCAUCAUCAUCAUCAUCAUCAUCAUCAUCAUCAUCAUCAUCAUCAUCAUCAUCAUCAUCAUCAUCGUCAUCAAUGCAAUAUAGAAUGUAA